GCCCUUGCCGCCGGGCCCCAGCCUAGAGGAUAGGGAGAAGCUCACCUUCGACGUGAGAAUGGCGGCCUGGAAGGCUGGAUUCAAAUAUGGAAGGGCCAUCCAGCAGAAGCACCUCGACGAGGCUCAGGCUUCGACUUGUCGCUCCACUCCAUACGACUCUGACUCUGACGCACCGCUGCUGAAGAUGACUGCAGGAGAGUGGAACUGCCUGGCCGUGGUCCUCGAUCAGACGUUCGAGUUGGGGCUUGGGAAAGAUGAAGCAGUGAGGCGAUUCGGGGUCGGCCAAGCAGUGAGGGUAUUCGGGCCUCGUGCAAUUCUCCCGGACUACCCUUCGAGGAGCAGGUUGGCGAUUGAAGCCCGUGGCCGU